UUACAAUGGUGUCACGUCCUAGAGCUUCAAGUGUUCAACACAAGACCCGUAACAGAAAAUUCAAAACAUAACGACGCCGAAACUCCUUUCCAAUGGAUAUUUUUUGACAAUGCACCGGUACCUGAAAAUAAUACAUAUCUGCUAACAUAUCAAGGAACUGGCGUUAAUUGGGAAUAGUUUUUCAGUUUCAUAAGAACUACUGGUCAUAUGCCUGUUAGCCAGCUAGCUAAAUAGCUGACGUUUUUUCGUGCAAGUUUCAGGAAUUAGAUUAGAUUAGGUAUUUUAGUUUAGAUAUGAGGUCUUCUAUUGGGACAAAUUUACGUGUUUAAAAAUCUGCUUUUAAUUUAGGCUUUUACUUUGUACUGUUUAUAUAUGCAACAAAUGCUUCCUUUUUUUUAAAAUGACUAAUGGAUCUGCUUUACAACUGUCCACAAGUCGUCCAUGAAGUUUAUUUGCACCAUUCAAUGAAAAUAGUUUCAGAUUUUUACCCUAAGCAAUUUUCUCUGGCUGGACUGACAGUACAUGUUUAUGGCUCUGUGGUUGCUACGAAAACAUUGUUAGAUAGCCUAUUAUUAACAGCCUCAGCCAAAGCGCUGCUGUCAGUUGUAGAUGUAUGACGUGGGUCCAACGGUGAAGAUUCAUAGUUAUGCAAGGUUUAGAUACAGAAGGCUUCUGGGGAAAAUCUCUUGACAAUGUGUGACGGGCAGCUAACUGAUGUUGCUGGAGUUUGGCAGCAGUGACCAUGGAGUUGUGCUGGAGUAGUUUGUUAGUGCUGGUGGCCCUGUCCCACACCCUGGGCUCUCCAUGGAACUCAGAGGAGCCCUAUGUGCCAGAUGAAUGGGUCCUGCUCCAUGUUGUGCAAGGCCAUAUUGGGGCGGGAAAUUACAGCUACCUGCGUCUCAACCACGAAGGACGCAUUAUCUUGCACAUGCAAAGCCUCAAGGGAGAUGCAGAUCUCUACGUCUCUGACAAAACGCUGCGGCCAAACUUUGAUACCUACAAGCUUCAGUCUAUCACCUGUGGCCAGGAUGUGGUGGUGGUCCCAGGGGAUUUUGUUAGGCCUGUUGGAAUCGGGAUCUACGGGCAUCCCUCCAACUUGGAGAGUGAGUUUGAGAUGAAGGUGUUUUACGACCAGACAGCGCUGACAGAAGAUGUAGUUGAGAAAAACUCGUAUUCCUCAGACGAGACUCCUGGUCAGUCUCGACACACUCAGGGCACUGAGGAAGUGAUGGAAGAAGAAGAGUCAAUCCUUUGGACAAUUCUAAUUGGGGUUCUUAAGAUCGUAAUUGAAAUUUUGUUUUGAUUUCAGUGUGCCAAUUGUAAAAAUACAACACCUGCCACAAGGAAUCUUCCCAUAAAAAAAAAAGAAGAAGAUUUUUGACAAAGGACAAUAAUUGCUUUGCCUAAGUUUUUUUCUAAACCUGUAAGUCACCACCAUUCAAUAAGAUAUAUGUAAAUUUAAUCCGUAAUUUUGUUAAAAUUCAAACGAUGCAUUUGCUUGUCAAAUUCGAUAAUUACAUAUCGAUACAACUGUUUAUAUGUUUAACAUCGAGUUCUCACUUUGACCUGUUUUUAUGUUAUGAUCUUUUAUUGAUAGUUAAAAAAUCUGAUUGUGUGGUGCAUUCAUUUGACUUAUACUGACCUAGGGUAGUGAAUUCUAGGUUUUAAACUGCACUAUGAAAUCACACAAAUCACCUUGUGACAAAAGUUGUAGUUGUGCCUAUUAUUAAGAGGGGUCUGUUGACUGAUAAGCAGCAGAAAUUUGUGUGUGCGGCCUAUAGUAGUUAUAAGACAAAUAAAAUAAGCAGUUAUUUUUGAGUAUUUCUCUGAAUUGAAUGUCAUUUACAAUUGUGUUCAGAUUCUGAUAAUUUUUUCCUUGUUUUGAUGCUAUUGUUGGGUUGAAGAGCAAAGUCGUUUUCUAUUACAGUUUGUACCGAGUAGGUAGGUAUCCUACUUUAGACAUUGUUUUACAGAGCUUAUUGUAAGUCUGCAAUGUGUAUACACACAAAUUUGCAAUGAAAUGAACAGUGUGCCUUGUAAUGUUACGGUGUU